AUGAAAGAACUACGGCAGGUCAUUCUAUCUAGCAUUAUAAACGCUGUAAUAGCGCUGUCUAUUUUCUCCGCUCAUGCUGUUAUUGCUUGCACCCUUCUCUGCUUUGGAAGAAGAUGCUGCGAAAAACUCAUCAGUAUGAUAUUCUUGCAACAUAGUAAACUAUUUGCAUUUGUACACCGCAUUACAUACGGGACAAAGGUUAUCAUUGACACCCCACCAUCUCUCCCCUCCCCUCACCUUAUCCUUUGUAACCAUAAAGGUACUUCUGAUUUCUUUCUUGCACACCUUAUUUUUCGAGAAAGAAAGCUACGGUUUAUUGCAAAGCAAGAAUUACUCAAAGCAAUACCUCUUAUGGGUAUACCGGCAUACUCCAUUGGCAUGCGUCUAUUAGGGUAUUGUUUUAUUGAUAGAUCUCACUCUCUUUCCUCACUUAAGGCUGUACAGAAAUUUAUACAAAGACAUACUGCACAGAACCACGAUAUUCUUCUCUACCCCGAAGGCACACGCCACAAAGCAGCGCAGACGAAAGAAUUUUUUAGCAGUGCCAUUAAACUUAUUUUGCGGGCACAGCAUAUGCCAGUGGUACUAGUCGCGCUUGGCAAUGGACAUACUAUUGUCUCGUUUUUAAGAAGAAAAUAUGCUACUACGCUAAGAGCUAAGGUGCUUGGGGUCUUCCACGUACAAGACAGCAGGGAUAUUGAAAAUGAUGUAAGAAAAUUCCGUAGUGCAAUCGAUGCACAACUUGAUAAGUGGGAGCAUGAAUAA